AUGAGCAAUUGGUCGGCACAAGGCUAUAUGAAAGCCGUCCAGUGGGAAGGAAAACUCGGCCAAAUGAGCACAAACAUCGUCCCUGUCCCCAAGAUCACCAAACCUGAAGAUGCGAUUGUCCGUAUCACCUCGUCGGCAAUCUGUGGGACUGACCUUCACAUCUACCACGGUCUAGUUGGCACUAAAAAUAUUCCCUGGGGCGUGGGCCAUGAGGCCGUGGGCAUCGUUGAGGAAGUUGGACCUGCAGUCGACUUUUUCAAGCGCGGUGACCGUGUCUUGAUCUUGUGCAUGGCCGAGGAUGGAAACUUUCUCCCCAAACCUUCCAUGUCCUUUGUAUCGUCAGAGGGACCUGUUGCAUUUGGUCUCGGUCUGGAAAUGGGUUCAGAUAAGGGCCUUCAGACCGAAUAUGCCUGCAUUCCAUGGGCUGAUUCCUCUCUUGUCAAGAUACCCUGCUCAUUGGAUGACAGAGAGUGGCUGCCCCUUACCGAUGCCUUCCCUACAGGAUGGAGCGCUCUCUCCCGGUCAGGUUUUGAAGCUGGGGAUACGGUGGCUGUCUUCGGCGCCGGUGGAAUCGGUCUCAUGUGUGCUUACAGCGCCAUCCUUCGAGGCGCUUCCUUGGUGUAUGUGAUUGACCAUGUACCCUCGCGCCUUGCCAAGGCAGCCUCAAUCGGUGCCAUGCCAAUAAACUUUACUCGCGGCGGUAAAGCAUCAGAGCAGAUUCUCGCCUUGCGUCCUCAAGGCGUCAAGCGCACUGUGGACUGUGUUGGUGAAACAUGCGUCAACGAAGAUCUCCAGCUGCAGCAAGAUUACAUCCUACGUGAAGCCACUGCUAUAACUACACUCAACGGGGGCAUAGGAAUCGCGGGCGCCUACAUGCUUUCUCUCGUUAAUGGCGGCGAGGGAACAGAGGCAUCUAAAAAGCUUGGGAUUAAGCCGGAGAUCAGUUUUCCCAUUGAGCAGGCCUGGUUUAAGAGCCUCCGCAUCCAGGGUGGAAUGUUGGAUCUCAAGAACUCGGUCCCUGCUCUAGUAGAGCUCGUCAAGAACGGAGCGGCGCGCCCUGGAUUCAUCUUUUCUAAUGAAUACAGCCUUGAAGACGCCCCUCUUGCUUACCAGCGCUUCGAACAGAGGGAAGAAAGCAAGGUUUUAUUGAAAGGAAAACGGAAGUAA